AUGGAGCUAGCAGUGACUACAGUUUUUGUAUCCCCAAUAGUCAAGUUAUUAAUCGCCAAGGUGUUAACUUAUUGUUCCGACGAGAUUGCUCUUGUCAGGGGUGUCAAGGGUGAACUGGAAAAGCUUUCAGAGAAAUUAGAGCUAAUUGAUGCUGUAUUGCACGAUGCUGAGAAGCGUCAAGUAGAAAAUGAUCGGUUAGUGAGACUUUGGUUGAAAAAACUCAAAGAUGUGGCUUAUGAUGCUGAGGACAUUUUGAACGAACUUCAAUAUAGAGAUCUUCGAUGUAAAAUGAAAAAUGUAAGUAUCUUCUUGCGGUUAUUGCCCUCAAAACCAUUUGGAUUUGGUUGUAAGAUAGCUCAUAAAAUAAAAGAUGUCCAUAGAAAGUUGGUUGAAAUCACACAAGGUAUGGAGAAAUUCAAAUUUAUUAAACAGAUGGGUAGUUCUGGUUCUAAUACUGCCAUGAAUGAAAAUAUACCAGAAACAUCUUCGCAUAUCAGUGAUUCAGCUGCUGUUGUCGGAAGGAAAGAUGAUAUAUCAAGAAUAUUAGAUUUAUUAAUUGAUAGUCGAGCCAAAUGCAACCAAGAAAGUUACUCUGUUGUUCGCAUUACUGGCAUGGGAGGUAUUGGCAAGACCACACUUGCUCAAUUGGUAUGGAAAGAAUUAGCUGAUGAUCAUUUCAAAGUCAAAAUUUGGGUUUCUGUGUCCCGAAAAUCAAACGUCAAGGAGAUAUUUUGGGACCUUUUGGAAUCCAAUUUUGACCGCCAGUCAAGCAUGGAUGCCAUUGAAAAUCGCUUGAAAGAGAGGUUCAAGGUGGGGAAAUGCCUGGUAGUACUCGAUGAUGUGUGGACAAAUUAUGGCAUCGAUGUAGAGAAAUUGUUGAAAGUUCUUUUAUCUGGUAUGAGGAUUGAAGGAAGUAAAAUUGUUAUGACUGCGAAGUGCUGA